UCGUCUUUAUUUAAUUUAAUUUCACAAAUUGCUUUGCUUCAGUAUUUAUCGGAAUUUUUGAUUUUAGUAGACGAAAGAUCUGAAAUAAAUGAAUAGAAAUGUCUGCGCGUCGGAAAGAUAUCUGGAAAUUACUGUACGAUUUAGUUACCCGUGAUGGUACCGAUUUAAAAGACGUAUUCGCAUUUGUUGAUGGUAUCCUUUGCCGAGAGCCUUCACUCAUACGUCCCUCUUUACGCGAACUAAAUAAUCGUUUUCAGGAUACUUUUGUAUUCUGGAUUAUAAGUAAAUUCAUAAAAGGAUUCGACGAUUCGAACAACAGCGACAAUGUCAGUAGUGUCAGUGAUUUGGGAAUGAUUGACUGCAACAUUCAGUUACAACAGAAGGUGCUGCACUCUUGCAUGAUAAAUCAGGCACUGCUAUUCGAACGACUGGUGGCAGCAUAUGUGAAGGCCAUUGAUCAACUGACAUACGCUCUGCAGUUGCUUGACGAACAACGCGAGGAGAACACUGAGAACGCAAGUUCUAUCCCAGAUCAAUGCGUGGAGAUUACAGCGUUCUUUAGCAACGAUCCGUGUUUGCGUGAAAUAGAUGAACAAUUUUGUUUUCAAACUAUACUUGUCCCACUGAAAAAAGUGGAUGAAAGAGUGCGCUUCCUAUUGCGUGUACUUCGGUACGCAUCUUCGAUUGGUUAUUCAUUAUUUCCGCAAUUAUUUGCAGAAUCAAUGAUAUGUGCGCUGCAAGCGGUACGUGAAUGUGAUUUAACUACGAAACUGAUGGCGCUAAGAUAUUGCCAGGGCAUCUUUGAAGCGUCAUGUGAAUGCACAGAGACGAUAGAACAUUAUGGACAAUUGACCAUGCAAUCACUAGUUAUACUAUGGGGUCAAGUGCCACUUUGGCUGCACGCACGUUAUAUGAGCCUCGAUGAACUGAAUGGCUUGAAAGAUGUGAGCGUUACCAUGUUGCAGACAUUAAUGCGUUUCGCCACCGAACUCCAGUGGACACGACGUGCCUUGACGAUGUUAGCUAUUAGCUUGCUAUAUAAUUGCGCUGAAUUAGAGCAAAAAGUCUUGCAUAAAAACGAUGAAACAAAUUUGGGCGAAUUUAUCCAUGUGAUUGUAGAAUUUAUAUUACAAUUACCAUUGGAGGAAGGCGAGGAAGACGUAGUGUUCAAAGAAGCAGAUAAGCUUAUGAUACUAUCGGAAAGAAAUGAAAACGUGCUGUUGCUAUUAUCGGUGAUACUUGCACAUCGUAAUGACCAAAUAGCAGAGCGAUUACGAGUUUUAAAAUUCUUCAAACAAAGGAUUUUCGAUACUCUAAAUAUUUCCGAACUCAAAAUGGGUUCUUUGAAGCGCUUGAAACCGUGGCUGAAAGCCGUUAUCUACGCAGAACAUCGUCUCUGCCACCGUAUGCAACUUAAUGCACUACGGACACACUCCCUUGACGAAGUGUUACGAGAAAAUUAUCGUAAUGGUAUAAAUCUAUUUGCACCGUUGGUAGACGAAGAAUACGUUUCAAAGCUUCAUGACAUUAUUUUACGAUACUGUGCCGAGAAGACAAAAAUAGAUAUAAAGGAUUCUGAAUUGUCUGUGUUAUAUAUUGACAUUGCUGCCUUGAUUAUGAACAGCACUAGUAUGAGAAGUGUGCUAGAUACGGGAUUACAAAGUAGAUUGCUCUUAAGUAUUAGUGACAGUCUGCAUAGUACUACGCAGCAACGACGACCAACCCGCUAUUUACAAGCUCUUGCUUUUGAGUCAUUUCGCGCGCUUGUCAGUUUAAAUAUCGAUGAACCAGUUGAGGUAGUUAACAACAUAAGAACUCUUUAUGACGGUUUCAUGCGUCGCAUCUUCAUUGAAAGUCCGGUAAUAGAGUCGGCAAGAUUGCGUAAGACUUUUUGUGAGCACUUCCAUACGUUAAUCGCACGCGGGUGGGUAUCGCUAGGUUGCGUGUUGCGUGAUUUCGUUCCCGCUCUGCAAGAUGUGCCUUCAUUAUUGGUUCUUAUGCUACAAAAUUCCUUUUGCGCUGGUGCUGGCGCUGCAACUUGUCGCGUGUUUCUCCGGCUGUCGCCUAUGGCCAAAUCUGAUGUGCCCUUUCAGGAACAUGUCAUUAUGUGCCAGAUGUGUAAUGCCAACGAGUGUACGUCGGCUGUGCAAAUAUAUGCGUAUAUGCGGGCACAUAAAGUCAUCUUGCUAAGGUGUAAAAGCGAAAAUGGUGUACUUCCGAAAGGAUGUAAAACGCAACCACUUUUACCAGCUUCAGUGCGUCUCAAAUUGUGUGAAACAUUGCUAACACAACUCAACCCUGUAUUUACGCCAAUCGGCCACCACUUGGAACUGUCGGGAAUAAGCUCAGAUGACUUUUACAUUGUCCUGCAGAAGGUUCCGGAUAUCUCUAAACUGAAUUUGCAGAUAUUACAUACACUUGUACCGCAAUUGAUUGCUACGAGUAAUGAACAGUUUAUCAUGAAAUUGGCAAAGCUGAUAUUGCAACAAAUUCUGAAGUCACUGCAGUUACAACCUAUAAUCUCUUCUACGUCUUCGCGGGCACCGUCAUCGUGUGAUUUGCAACGCUGUAUCCAACUAAAAUUGCUGGAACUCAUUACGUGCUGUGCGCAUAGUGAUAUAAGCGAAAUAUGGAUUUUUCACUUCUUUAAAAUGACUUUCUUCUAUCUAUUGCAUCCACAAUCGAUGGUCGUACAGGAGGCAGUGCUUUGCGCGACAGAAAUGUGCGCUAAGCAUGGGUUGCAACCUAUACGCUUAUGGAAUUGGUACAAGCGUGAUGCGCUUACCUUAGUAGUGCAACUGGCAGUUCAGAUUUUUUUGCAGAAUGGCGUACGACUGACCCGUUCGCUUAAAGCGUUCACAAAAAUGUUAGGCUUUUCGUGCGUUCAAGAGUUUAUCUGUCGCUACUAUCGACUUCUGACGACCAUGAUCCUACCUUAUUGCGUGAAGGAGCCACUCUGUAAAGGGCUAAUAGUAUCCAUAUCAAAAUUGACACGAAAGCCGAUAUCUAUGAUCUUUGUCGCUUCAUUUCUUCGCAUCUAUACACAUAUCUAUUUAACUGAAGAGGCAGAGGUGGGCAACAAGUGUAUUGAAUUGAUUCUUAGAUGCACAGAGUUCAGUUUAGAAAAACUUAUGAAUACGGAUGUGAAGCAAACAGUCUCCGAAUUCCUCGUCUACUUCAAUCGCAAUCCCCAUUUCGUCAUGAAGGCGUUUCAGUGUUUACUCUUCAACGACACCGGCAGCGCACGCGCUACAGCCGAAAGUGGCAACACAGCUGGCAUUGUGCAAUCUCAAACUAGCGAUUUUGCGAAAUUCAUUGCUGAUCGCUUCUUGGGCGUGAUCACCUACUUCGAGACAUGUCUGGCCGAACCGACUUUCGAAAAAUCGCUGAAAGAGGAGGCGCUUUACAGUCUUGGGCAAAUAUUACGUUUUGUGGGUGCCAAACAUGUCACACAAUUCCGUUUUAAAAUCAUCGCCAUGCUGAGUUUUGUACUAUCACUGCCGGAUCGUCAUUUACAAAUCAUAUGCCUAAAGGUUUGGAACAUUUUUUUACAUAUUGUAAAUAUUCAGGAGUUGGGUCCGUCGUUGAGCCGCAUUGUGGCAUCACUACAACCGCUACUGGCGCACAGUGAAGCUGAAGUGAAUGCCAUUUAUGAGUUUGUGAUACUGAAGAAUGAUAGUCUGCUGGGCGCAUAUAUCCCAGAUUUGUAUUUUGUGGAGCAAUUGAAGGGUGUCACGCCGGCUAUACGUCAGUGCGUCGCACGGCAGACAGAGAUACUGAAAAGUGAACGUUCCACAUUGCUCGAAAAGAUUGGUUUUCUCUAUCGGCAAAUUACAAAUGAAAAUUCGCAAGUACGUAUUUAUGGGCUCACAUAUUUGCGUGACUUUAUAGCCCUCCAUCGUUCUGACAUUAACCAUAUGGUGCUGAGCGAAAUGCUCGUCGAUCCGCUAAUUGAAAAUGUGGUGGAUACGUUGGUGGCUGGUUGUAAACACGAGGAUUCAAAUUUGCAGCUUUCUUCGGCAAAGUGUUUGGGGGAAUUGGGUGCCAUUGACCCAAGUUACAUAACUACGAAUUAUAUAUUCGAACAGCGCGAUGAGUUGCCGUUAAGUGUGCAUACAGAUGGUUUUGCCAUAAUGGCACUCACCGAACUUUGUCGCGCCUAUCAAUUUCAAAAGGAUACCAAAUAUGUGGACAACUUUUCCUUGGCUAUACAAGAGACACUUGCGACUUGCGGCGUUUCACCAAUAGAGAAUAAGAAAUUGAACGUCUGGGAGGCAGUGCCGGCGCGCAUGCGUCAAGUGAUGGAACCGUUGCUUACGUCGUGCUAUACAAAUUCACGUCGUGAAAAUACUUGCACAGACCAUCCAAUCUUCAAUAGCAGUUACUGCCACAACUACGCUGAUUGGGCGUUCAAUUGGGCAGCGCGUCUCAUUGACUUCGUGCAAACAGAUGAAACGAAACACUUGUUGAAUUCCUAUAAACCGAGUAUUAAGCGUGACAACAAUAUAUUGGUCACGUUUUUUCCCUACAUAUUGUUGCAUGCACUGCAAGAUAGUACGGAUAAACAACGUCAAAAGGUGUAUGAAGAGUUUGAGGCGGUGCUUAGUUUUAGUAGCGCAGGUAUUGUCGAGCAGCCGGUGUACGAGGCGUCUGGACUGAAAGAGUUCGUCUCAGCUAAGUACGCGGUAGAUCUAUCGUCGGCGGGUGAGUUAGCGCAACGAACGCGUUCCGGCCAAUCAUUGCAGUAUGACGCACUGGAGCAUAUUUGCCGUACUUGUACGAACCUCUGUUCAGAGCAAAUCGACUUCUUGCAACGCUGGGUGCGUGAAUGGCAGCGCCUUAAUAGCGUUGGCGCUAAAGUCAAUGAAGAGGACAAUAAUUAUAAAUGCGUACGCGAUUUUGUGCAGCGUUUUGACAAACUUUUAAUUGCCAAGGCCAAUUACCAUUCGAAUGAAUAUGCGCGUGCGCUCAUGUACUUGGAGGCAUACAUUGAGGAAAUGGACUCGCAGCAAAGGCUGCAGGAGCAGAUAUCAUUUUUGAUAGAAAUACAUGGGGAACUUCUGGACGCAGAUUCAGUUGAAGGUGCCGUAUACGUUAAAAAGACUGGUCUCAGUCUUAACGAAGAGAUCAUGGUUAAUCGUAUCGUAGACAGGCCACAAGAGCUACAGGCCUGCUAUGAGCAAUUGAUGAGUAGCGACGAGCCCAUAAAUCAAGAGCACAUAAAGGGUAUGAUCAACUGUUAUCUACGCAUGGACACACCCGAAACAGCACUUUUGAUCACAGAUGGCCUUUGGCAAAAAUUAACUGACCACUACACCGACGACUAUUUUAAGGAAUGCAAAUCGGAGCUAUUGUGGCGUCUGGGACGUUACGAUGAGUUGCAGGAGCUGUUCGAGGAUUCGGUGGUGCGUCGUAAAACAUUCAAUUGGAAUAUACAAUGCGCCGAGGCAUUUUUACUUUACCGACAGCCCUUUGCUCAUAGACAGGCUCAAGGGCAAACUAUAACGAUAGCCGAUUUCACAAAACAUUUGGAUGUGAUACGCCGCAAUGUGCUCUCGACAAUACACACUAGCUCAGGCAUAAAACAGAAAUCCUACCCACAUUCCUAUGAAGACGUCGUUAAGCUUCAUUUGCUCAAUGAGAUGGAGAAGAAUAAAGAGCUUACUCACCAGGUGAUUGCCAGUUACGGAUUGGAAACAGGUGCCAGUCAAUGUCUCUCAAGCGUGCGUGAUUUUUUCACCGAUUGGGAUAGGCGGCUAAGUGUAUUGCAGCCGGUAGUGCGCGUGAUGGAGCCGAUAUUAUGUUUUCGCCGCAAUCUUCUUAUCGAAAGCAAGCAACUGCUAUCUACGCAAUCACCUGAUGCAGAGUCUUCGUCACUUCGUCAAAAUGUUAUUGACGCCAUUGAUGCUGAAAUUGGCAAGCUAUGGCUGCGCAGCGUACAGAUGUAUCGCGAGGCCGGCAGUCUGCAACAAGCGCAAUUAUGCAUAAUGAAAGCGACGGAGUAUGCACCAAAAACGCUUUUUAUCGAGAAGGCAAAACUUUUGUGGCAAAAGGGUGAUCAGACUCAUGCCUUCAAAUUGCUCGAAGAGAAAUUGGAACGCAUGGAAGCGCAGUGUCAACGUAAUGUACGCACACUAAGCGCUGUUGAUCGCGCUCUCUAUGCGGAAGCGAAAUAUUUGCAGGCGACUUACAGCGCCGAAUCAAUGAACAGUUGCGCUGAGCUGAAUUUGCGCUAUUUUCGCGAAGCAAUUGUGGGCAAUCACAAUUCGGAGAAAUAUUACGUGCAAUAUGCGCAAUAUAUGGAGAAAAUUUACGAAUCCUAUUCAGCGGUACAGGAGCACGGCGACAUGGGCCGAAAUCUGUUGUUUGAUAUUAUGUUAAAUUACGCAAAGUCACUGAAGUGUGGAUGUGAGAACGUGUAUCAAUCACUGCCGCGUCUGCUUAGUAUUUGGCUGGACUUUACAUCGCGUUGUGCAUCCGUGUGUGAGAUGGCCACCAGCGAUGCUACACAAGCAGCCAAGGCGAGCAGCAUGCAGGAAAUAGCUAAAAAAAUGAAUGAGCUCAUGAACAGCUGUGCCAACGCGCUGCCAACCGCCAUAUUUUACACAGCUUUCUCACAACUCCUGAGUCGCAUUUGUCAUCCGUCAAAUGACGUAUUCGCCGUACUACGCACUAUCGUUAUUAAGCUGCUCGAGCAUUUUCCACAGCAAUCGUUGUGGAUGUUGUUGCCCAUACUCAAGUCGUCGCAAACGAAUCGUGUCAAGCGCUGCAAACUGAUUUUCACCGAUGCGCGUCUCGCAAAGCCACAAUUUCAAAAGCAGUUAAACGAUUUCAAUAUACUUGCUGAACGUCUGAUUGAGCUAACGAACAAAGAUGUAGCGCACGAUCGUACCUACGAGUUGAGCACUCUGGUUAAGCAAUUACCGAAACUAUUUGAGGAUCCGAAAUUUUCCAAUAUUUUGUUGCCUUUUGAAAAGUAUAUGCAAGCGUCUUUUCCACUAACGUCUGCCUCUUCGUCAUUGGACUUAAAUCUGUCGCCAGACAAUGUGCAGAGAUCAUCAUCCUCUUCUUCAUCCUCGUCAACACCAAGUCCAUUGUCAGUGCCCACAAAUCCGUUUCCAUAUCAGCAAAUUUAUAUUUGUGGUAUUAAGGAGGAAAUAACAGUGUUACGCUCAGCUGCCAAACCAAAAAAGAUCAGCAUUCGAUGCAGUGAUGGUAAAUGCUACGAAGUGAUGGUGAAACCGAAAGACGAUUUGCGUAAAGAUUUUCGACUAAUGGAAUUCAAUGGUCUUGUUAAAAGGUUUCUGCAUCAAGAUUCACAGGCACGCCAUCGAUGCCUUCGCAUUCGCACAUAUGCCGCUAUACCCUUCAAUGAGGAAUGUGGUUUGGUGGAGUGGCUGCCAAAGUUGAACUCAUUUCGUGCCAUUUGUAAUUCAAUAUAUCGCAUGCGCGGCUUAGGCUUGUCCGACCGUAUGUUGCGGCAAUGUGCAUUGCCCAGAAUUGAUUCCUUAGAAAAGAAACGUAGUGUGUUUGUCGACACGCUUCUGCCCGCUCAUCCGCCCGUAUUUCAGGAGUGGUUGCGACGUCGCUUUUGCACGCCCAACAGUUGGUAUGAGGCCCGAUGUGCUUACGUAAAAACUGUCGCAGUUAUGUCUAUGGUAGGCUAUAUACUGGGACUGGGCGAUCGACAUGGCGAAAACUUACUCUUCGACGAAACGAACGGCGAUGCGGUACAUGUAGACUUUAAUUGUCUCUUCAAUCAGGGCGAGUUGUUUGCCUAUCCCGAAUUGGUGCCCUUCCGUCUGACACAUAAUAUGGUAUUUGCCAUGGGUCCGUUGGGCGUUGAAGGCAUGCAUCGGCACUGCUGUGAGAUCACAUUGCGGGUGCUGAAAAAGCAAUCGAAAACAUUAAUGUCGGUCUUGAGACCCUUCGUCUACGAUUUAGUGGCAUUAAAUCGCAGUUACAGUGGUAAGAGCAAAGCAUCAUUAGAGUUAACCGAUCCCAAAGCUUUAAUGGAUGUGCGUCGUAUUGAGGAGCGACUGCAGGGCUAUGUAAAACGUACUCAGGCCAACAGUAUGCCUCUUUCUACGGAAGGUCAAGUGAACUUUUUGAUUGCUGAGGCUACGAGUAUUGAUAAUUUGGCAGCCAUGUAUAUUGGCUGGGGCUCCUACAUCUGAAUCAACAUACAUAUAUGUUAUGUUAUCUUUUUGUACUGAUUUUUUGUUCUUCGUUGUUAAAGUUAUUUGUGUGUUAACAUAGAUUUGUAUGAAUGUUUAAAAUAAAACAU